CCCCAAUCCGCAUAUAUGCUCUGAACCCCCCACCCUCGACGUCUCUGUCUCUCUCGCCAGCUCUUCUCUUUGUUCUCUCACUCUCCCUUUGCGCCGCCGCAGUCCUUAGCUAUCGCCGUUAGCAGUUUCGUCAUUCAUUGACUGGCCUGCAUUAUCCAAAUGUAUGGCUUCUUGAGAAAGAGAGGUCCUUAUAAAACCUUUUAUAAGUGGAGAUAAUUAUGCGUACCAUUCCUGAAGCUAGGAUGGUCGUCAAUCCUGUUUCUGUGCAAUAGAACUUGAAACAGGAUUGGGAAGAUAAUGGCUUCAGAUGCUGAGUUUUAACUUUUCUUCUUUGUUAUUGGUAUGUCUAUUACUAAAGCAGCAUUUUUGGAAGACGUGUUUUUUGAGUUAUCUGCAGAAAAGUACUUUUGACAGUUGUUUGGUUCGGUAUGGAUUUGGACUCCUUAAUGUUGGAAGCUCAAGAAGUAAAAUUAGAAGACGGUGCUGAAAGAGCCAAAAAUCGGAAAAGAAAGUUAAAUAAAACCGUGGAUAAUGCGCACGCCAUGCAAGAAAAACUCGUCAAAAGGAUUAUAUUAUCUUUGACCAAGCCAUCUUCCGUUCUAGGACUUGGCCCAAGGACUGGCUCGAAGAUUGUGAGAUGGGAAAAUCGUGUCAGGUUAUGCUAUCUGUUGCGCAAGCUCACGAGACAGCAAAAUUGGAUAGAAUUAGGCGGCGUGCUGAGCAUGUUCUUAAAAGGGACAUGCAAGGACAGAUCUCCCGCAAACAAUCGUUUGAAGUAUUCGGUCUCAAUGGAGCUUCUUAAGUAUAUGAAAAGUGAUCGUAUCAACCCCAGCAGGAUUAAGAACAUUUAUGACGUUUGGAUGAGAAAGAUUGGAUCAAUGAAAGAUUGCCCAAUAGAGGAUAAAUUUUUGGUUCACUCGGAGUUCAUCCUGUUCUGUCUUAUGCAUGAUAAUAUUGAGGAAGCACAUCAGGCUGCCCUUUGCCUUAAGCAAGAACGUGAACUUGGUGCUGUCCCUAUUUCAAAUAUGGUCUUGGGCUUGACAUUCUAUCAACUUUGGUACUCAACUAUCCCAAAAGAGAUACAGUGGGGAGAUUCAGACCAGUUUUACUCCCCCAGGCGCUCGGACAUGUUGGGAACAAGAUUCAUCAACUCAGUUGGAAAUUCUGAGUGGGAUAAUGCAAAUGAUACUUACAAGGCUGAUAUUCCCUCUCGACGUGAUUCAGAAACCUCUGUCAUGAAUGAUAAACAAAUAUCUGGGGAUGCUGAUAGUAAUCAAUCCAGAGAAGUAUCUAUGGAUGUUGAUGUUGGUCUGCAAGGAGAAAAUCGUACGCAGAACUUCCAGCCUCAAGAUUUUUCCAUGAACUCUGAUGAAAAUACUGGAAAUGAAACCUCGUUCUCUAAUCAUGGCGAUUAUAUCCAGUAUGCUUCCAAUUUAUCUGCUCUUCGGGGCAUCGAUACCUGGCUGCUGCCCUUUCAAUUGCCGCACCCUACAGAGAAUCCCGAGGACUUCAUCAGUUUGCAUAGGAAAAUGCUUAAUGACUAUUAUAUGGAUGCAGUUAAGUAUUUUCAACAGGCUCUUCACUCAACACCCCCUUUGUUGGAGGCCUUACUCCCUUUGAUACAGUUGUUGCUGAUUGGUGGUCAAGUUGACGAGGCCCUAAAUGAGCUAGAGAAGCUCUGUUCUCAUUCAAUCGCAGCACUUCCUUUCAGGUUGAAGGCUAGUCUUUUGGAACAUUUUAAUUCCUACAACUCUGUCGUGCUUUCUGCCUGCUUUGAGGAUAUCCUAAAGAAGGACCCAACAUGUUCCCAUUCAUUGGCGAAGCUUGUCAGGAUGCAUCAAAGUGGGGAUUAUGGUCUUGAAUCCCUAUUGGAAAUGAUAGCUUUGCAUUUAGAUGCUACCUAUGCAGAGUAUAAUACAUGGAGAGAGUUUGCUUCAUGUUUCAUCAAACUUUCUCAAUGUGAAGAGGAUCGAUUGUCUGUGUGCCAGAAUGAAAACGAAGAUAUGCAGGAGCAACCUGACUCUAUUCAUUUUAGUAAGACCCCCAGGAUAUUUACAGAGGGGCAAUCAGGAAAGAGUUGGAGGGAUCGAUGCAGAUGGUGGUUGACACGUCACUUCAGAAAAACCAUUCUUGUAUCAGAAAUUGCGGCAGGUGAUUUGCAGCUCCUGACUUAUAAAGCUGCAUGUGCAACACAUCUUUAUGGACAAGAGUUCAAAUAUGUUGUGGAAGCUUCUAAUUGUUUGGAAAAGCAAAAUGAGAGGGAUUUGUUCAUAUUCUUGCAAAAUCACAUGCAGAACUCAAUCGGAAUAUACUCAAACACAAACUCACGUGAAGAACUCAUUCAGCAUAUACUCAAACUUUCUCUACAAAAAUAGAUAAUAUCAUCUUCCAUUUUGAAAGGCACAAAAGUUCAUUUUCUUGAUUGGUGAAUUGUAAUCAUUUUCUCUACAAAAAUACUGCACGAUUAUUGGAAAAGUCAAGGGGCAGCUGCUUUUAAUAGAUGCUUUUUAUACAAUUCGACCGGCAGUUAUGGCA